AAUAUUUGUUACUGUCCUCAUAUUCUCUCGUUUUUCAUAUUGUACAUGAUUAAGGUGAAUUGUUGAAGAAGAGACUAGAAUUUAGAGAUUAGAAGACCAGCUUUUGGAAUAAAAUUAAUUUCUCAAAACGAGGCUCUGCGUGGAGAGCUUGGAAAAUGGAACUGACGCCAUUUUUUCUUUGAAGGAGGGCCCGGGAAAUAGAUUAAAUAGACUUUAUUAGGACGCAAAAUGGAAAGGAGAGGAAGCCCAGACAAUCUUGAUGCAAAGGACAAUCGAUCGACUGGUGCAAGUAGCGAGUCUAUUUCCAUGUCGGAAAAAUCGGCGUCGCUGAGAAGUGCCGGUGAAAGUCCAUCAAAAUCUGUCGCUUCUUCCUCGUCCACGUCGAGCGAAAAUGUUCAGACACAUGAAAUGAAGAGUGGUACACUUCCAGUUAUACAUGAAGGGCUCAUGGUUAUCAGCAGAGAUGGGAGCCGCCCAGCCCAGUCCACAGAAGAAGUCCCACUGGUGCCUGGGGAGAAAGUACAGGGAACAGACUGUCGGAUUUGCAGAGAGAAAUUCUUGACGGCAACAGACUGCGCACUUCACGAGAGGACUCACACGGAGGCACAGCCUAAAAAAGUGGUUAAGAUAGUGUUCAAAUACCCAGCCAAGCAGUCUGGCCAGGAGACCGCCGUCCCCAAUGUCACAGAGGCACUGAAAAAGGUGCAAGCAGUUAUACAAAGAGGUGCUCAAGUUGUCCAGCAACAAGAUGAACAAAUAGUGGUACAAACACCAGAACAGGUUCCAAAUCAGGCCACUGAGCCAGUCACAGUCCAAGCAAACGUGCCAGUUUUGAAACGACCAAAUCAUCAAGGUAUGAUGCAAGCAAAAAAGCAAGUACUUUCACAGGCAUAUCAACCAGAUUCUAUACAGACAAACCAGACAGUUCAGGUGCAAAACAGCAAGCAAAUGCCUCUGCAGACACGGAAGCAAAUAGCAGUACAGAUGAACAAGUCGGUUGUGGUACAGAGAAAUGAACCCACCAUGAUGCAAACACACCACCAAUUCCCAGUACAGACACGUGAGCAUGUCUUGGUACAACCAAUUGAACCAACAAUAAUGCAGACAAACCAGCAAAUCCCAGUACAGGGUCAUGAGCAAAUCAUGGUACAGGCAAAUGAACCAGUCAUGAUGCAAACACACCAGCAAAUUUCGGUACCGACUCCUGAACGAGUCGUAGUACAGACAAAUGAGCCAACCAUGGUGCAGACAAACCAGCAAAUCCCAAUACAGACUCAUGAGCAAGUCUUGGUACAGACAAAUGAGCAACUGUUCUCACAGGCAGGUGAAGCAACCAUGAUGUCAACACACCAACAAAUCCCGGUACAGAAUCAGGAGCAGGUGGUAGUGCUCACCAACGAGCCCACCAUGAUGCAGACAAACCAACAAAUUCCUGUCCAGACACAAGAGCAAGUCUUGGUGCAGACUACCCAACCAGUUUUGAUGCAGCCCAAUGACCAAGUCAUUAUACACAAUACAUUGUUAAUGCAAACUGAGGGGCAAGGAUCAGAACAAAAUAGUUUGACAUCACACCUGGGUAAUGUUGGAAGGGAAUACCUGUCCCAAGUGUGUGACCAGCUUCUUCCAGCUGUGGAUAGUUUAAUUCAGUUGGGGACUGUAGAUGUCUCACCUGGUUUACAGUUUGUCUGUCAGGUGUGCAACAAAGGAUUCAAAAACAAGAACCAGCUUGAACUACAUGAAAAGACCCACACAGGAGAACGUCCCUUUAAAUGUGAACAUUGUGAUAAAGAGUUUAUGUUAAAGAAGCAGUUGACGAAGCAUAUUAAAGUCCAUACUGGCGAAAAACCUUCCUUCAAAUGUGAAUACUGUACAAAGUCUUUUCGUUCUAAGUCCUAUUGCAGAGACCAUCAAAGGACUCAUUAUGAAGAAGUUACCAAGUCUCAUGUGUGCCAGUUUUGUGGUAAGGCUUUUGGACAGAAGGCCCACCUUCAACGCCACGAGCUUCUUCACACAGGCAAGGCUCCUAUUGAAUGUGAGAAAUGUCGCAAGCGAUUUACGUGCCAAUCCGAGUAUAAAAGACACCUAAAGAUGCACACAAUACAUACUCCCUUCAAGUGCGACAUCUGCAACAAGGAGUUCAGUCUUAGGAUGACCUAUUCCCAGCACAUCAAGUCCCACCAGAACCAGUCUGCCCACAAGUGUCCUAUCUGUUACAAACCUUUCCAAGAUAAAAAUAAAUUGGAGGAGCAUAAGAAGACCCACGAGAAAAAUUUUGGGAGGAAAGUGGUCAAGAUAAAUUUUAAGUACACUGACGCUCCAACGCAGGGCAAUGCGGAUGGCACGGAUGUAGUGGUAUUGUAUAAGUGCUGCCACUGCCCUAGGGUAUUUAAAAAGAAAACGGCAUGGACCAGACACCAGAAUGUGCACGCUGCCAUAAAAGGUGCCGAGUGUAAAGAGUGCAAGCAGGUGUUUGAAACUGAGGCUAUCCUGGAAGAUCACACCAGGAUCCAUACUGGAGAGAAACCUUUCGCUUGCGAGGUCUGUGCCAAGACCUUCAGAAAUAAAAAGCAGGUGGCCAACCAUGAAAAGAUCCAUACAGGUAGCCGGCCCUUUGCUUGCAGGAAAUGUAAUAAGCAUUUUCGAUCCCAGAAGCUGCUCAAUGUGCACCAGAAGACCCACAGGCAAAGUCAGUUCAGCUGCCAAGUAUGUAACAAAGUAUUUCGGUGCAGGGCAUAUUGCAGGCAACACGAGGAAACCCACACCAGAGAAUAUGUUAAACCUUUUUCAUGCAAAUUUUGCAACAAGACAUUUCGACAAAAGCAGCACUUGACUCGCCAUGAAGUCGUCCACACUGGUGUGGGGAGCUUUCCAUGUGAUCACUGCCUGAAGCCAUUUAUGUGUAAGUCUGAGCGUGAACGCCAUAUGAGGAUCCAUACUAAAGAGAAGCCGUACAAGUGCAGGUACUGUCCCAAGGAUUUCACUCAAAAAGUCCACUGUACUAGGCAUGAGGAAUCUCAUCCGGAGUUCUAUGAGAGUUCUGAUCCCAAAUCCAAUGCUUGAUUGGUGUCUGGAUUGUUGAAUUAAUAAUUCCACAGACAGUUUAUAUCUUAAUAUUUUCAAAUCGUCUAAGAAUUUUUAUAAGCAUUGGUUGGUGUCUGUUUAAGUGCUGCAGAACUGAUAUCAGAUGGUGAAGGGAAUCUCUUGGCUCUUAUAAAAUGAGCAAAAGACUACAUUCUGCUUUAGAUGAUGCAUUACAUUAUCUAACUUGUGUGGAUAACUAGAAAACCUCAGAAAUUUACUAGUUUUGGACAUUUUGGUUCUAGAUGUGUCCACGGAUACCUAAAUCUGAUGUGUGGAUACCAGACUGUACAUUGCAUUUAGAGUUGUUAUCAUCUAUUAUUUCUUCCUCUGUGUAUUUCAAAGUUGUGUACUGUUGACAUUUGUAGACAAUUUCAACUAAUAAGUGGGCAGGUUCUGGAGAGGGGAUUUUUUCAUUACAGACAUGCUUUUUUUACAUUUUGGACAAACUAUGAGUCAUCAUCUUUAUGGAAUGAACUUGAUGAUGUAAAUGGGAAUCAAACAUAUAAUGCUGGACAUUGAAAUUUUCAGCAAGUAUUUGAAACCAGAAAGCACUGGGAAAUCUUGUCUGGCUUAAAAUGACAGACAUGGUUACACCAUGCCCUUUUCAAAAAGUAAAGAAUUUGAAAUUUUCAGCUUGUUUAGACUUAAGAGGUGGACACUUUGCAUAUAUAUUGAAGUCAAAUUUAUAUUGAAAUUAUUAAUAUUGGUCUUGAAUAUUUAUAUUCACCUAAGAGUAGAAGUCUUUUUGUUGAUAUUUGUGUGUUAUUUACUCCUAAAACAUGUUGAUGGUUGUUUGAAAGCUGUAUCAGUAACAGUAAGGUGAUCACAGUGUACAUAGUUCUUUCUUCUGAAAUUGCCUAUCAUUGAAUGCUGAGUAUUAACUUUCAAAAAGAUGAAAUCAUGGUUGCUUUGUAAAUAUAAUUGAUUGAAUCAUUUUGUUAAUUGAUUUCAUCCAUUUACAGUUUACCUACGCAUUUGUUUUGAAGUGAGAUUUUUCUGUUAUUAAUGUUUGUUUUGUUUGAAAUAUAAAGAAAACUUCAUACUUAGUUCAAUCUUUGUGUUAUUUUUGCAAACAAGGGGCAAAUUAUUCAGUUUCUUAAGAAUAAGAAACUUAUGCCUAUUCUACCUUUAUUUCUUUAAUUUUAAAAAAUGAUGUAAUUAUUAGAAUUUAAAUUUCUAAUUUCUAAAAACCAUCUUGGUUGUGUCAAUAUUGUGGUUCAAAGAACCCAUGACUGCUGAAACUGAAUGGCAACAUUGUCUCUUGCAUCCAAGGAUUCUUUAAUAUGUUAUGUAUAAUCAUUUAAAACCAUUA